GGGGUGGUGGAAGUGUUUAAGAAGAGCUUGGACUAAUAACCCCUGUCAGGGAUGGUCUAGGUUUACUUGGUCCUGGCUCAGCGUGGAGGGGCUGGACUAGAUGACUUCUCAAGGGCCCUUCCAGCCCUCCAUUGUAACGAUUCCAUUCCUCCCCGUCUAAAGUGCUUUGAGAUCUGUGGCUGAACAGAGCUAUGUAAGAGCCAGGCAUUGUUAAAUUAAUAAUGCGAGGGAGUGUUGUGUGGUGUCUGUUACCAUGGUUGCUUACAGGGCUGUAUGGGUGUUGCAGGCUCUUUAGAGAAGGUUCCCUUUGCUGGGCAUUUCCUUGUUUUUAAAGGAUUGUGUGGGUGGACGUUGUACUUGGUCAACCUCAGCUGACAAAGGUUUGGGGUGUGGGAAUUUCUAUUUAUACGGGUGCCUUUCAUGAUCCCAAGGCGCUUUGAGAACUGCAGGCACACAGCAGCAUUGAAAUGCAGCCACCUCUGGGGUGAAGCCACCGGCAGGACGGAUAAGACAUCAACAGGUUGGAAGGAGCAGAAAUUUUGGGCGAGGACAGGGAGGCAAAGCCUUACUCUGCCAGAAAAGACCCUGGGAAGUGUAAUGUCUGUGCAGAGCAGAGAGGAUCACAGCUGAGAAGAUGGACACCUUCAGCACCAAGAACUUGGUUCUGCAAGCUCAGAAAAAGCUGCUGAGCAAGAUGGCCUCCAAGACCAUGGCGAACAUCUUCAUUGAUGACACCAGCAGCGAGGUUCUGGACGAGCUGUACCGGGUCACCAAGGAAUUCACCCACAACCGCAAGGAGGCCCAGAAGAUCAUCAAGAACCUGAUCAAGAUCGUCAUGAAGUUGGGGGUACUGUACCGCAAUCGGCAGUUCAGCGCCGAUGAGCUGCGGCUGAUGGAGCACUUCCGCAAGAAAGUGCACACCCUGGCUAUGACCGCCGUCAGCUUCUACCAGAUAGACUUCACCUUUGACCGCAGGGUCAUGUCCAGCGUGCUGAACGAGUGCCGCGACCUGCUCCACCAGGCCGUCAACACCCACCUGACGGCCAAGUCCCACUCCAGGAUCAAUCACGUCUUCAACCACUUUGCGGACUACGAGUUCCUGUCGGCGCUGUAUGGACCUUCUGAACCCUACCGCACCCACCUGCAGAGGAUCUGCGAAGGGGUCAACAAAAUGCUGGAUGAGGACAACAUAUGAACCAGCAAAGACAAGGCCUGAGAGCAAAUGUUUGGCUCUUUGCCGGACUCUCCAGGCUGCAUUCUGGUAGCCGUGAAUUCAACGGCAAGACGUCUGUUGUUCUCAGUGGGGUCAGGCCUUCUCGCUCGCUCUUUCUCCACGUUGCGAAACGUCUUGCUCUUUCCUUUUUUUCUCAUGAAGACCAAGGACCCUUCACUUUCUGUCUAAAUGAGGUUGCAAGCUGCUGCUGGUCUUAGUAGCCGGAAUCUCUUCACCUCACUUUAGCUCCCUAAUGAAAUUAAAAUGAGACAAAGCAGCUUCCGUCUCUACCCUACUGGGGCACAACCACACCGAAGGCGGGGUUGUUUGUAUGAGUGAAACUGGAGAAAAUGCUCUUUUUUGCACUGGCUUGAGAUCUCCGCUUUGGAACCCAAUCCAGUGUCUAUAACCCAUCAGAGGCCAAGCCCCACAGCCCAUACACACUGUAUGUGAGCUCUCUGUUUAAAGGUCCUUGGUCUCACUGUAUAUAUUUUUAUCCACCAAGUGCUCUUAAACCCACAAUUCAGAGUCCAAGGUGUCCUGCUGUAGCAAAACCUCUCUCACUUCUAAAUCUAUUUUCAUUCGGGUGAGGGGGGAAACCCACUACGUCUUGUGUGUAUUUUUUUUUUUCUUGGUUAAGAUUAAUUCAAGCAGAGAGCAUGGAGGAGUGGUUCAGGUGUCCUGCCACUGCCAAGAUAUAAGGCUGUCUAUCCUGAAGUUCAACCAUGUUGGCUGGGUUUAAACACAGUUUCCCUGGGCAGCGUAGAAAAGGAUGAGCCAUAUUCUAAAUGCUUUACAAAUCCACGCUAUGGUCUAGCACCCCUAGGCCAGGGAAAGUGCAUUAGCACCUUGCAAGCAAGAAUUGGGUUGUGGUGUUUACCUCACUAUUGUCUCCCGGGAGGCCAAGAUAUGGAGAGUGGGAGGAUCUCACAUAGGGAUGGACCCUGCUUGGAUGGAUCACCCCACAAGUAGAGUCCUGCAUGGAUACAAAAUUGGUAUCCACAUCCGCAAAUAUGGUCUGCGGAUAUAAAGUGGAUUUCUACAGAUUUGCAGGGCUAUACCCACCGGGUCCCAGGAUGGGGAGGGACCCUUGAAUGGGGGAGAGGCUGCAAUGAGGAUGGUCAGGUUUAGACACUGUUGUUGUGGUUUGAAGCUUAACACAGGUCAGGCCUAAACUAGGGGCUGGAGCAAGAAGUGGUCAUGCUCCAGGUACCACUUGCCCCUCCUGACUGUUGCCCAAUGGGUACUUUGGGCCAGUUACGGAGGCAGCCUCUCCCUUCUGACUGAGAACGGUGGAGCAUUAUUUUCUGUCCAUGUUCCUUUCCCAUAGGGGAAAAGAGGAGACUGUAUUUUCAAACCAAAUAGCAAAUGUGCACUUUCCUCCUCCGCCUCUGAAAUCCGAACUGAAUUUCUCUGUCAUCACCCUCUCCGGCUGAUUAUAUCAAUGUAAUUGUUUAGAUUUGGUCCUCUGGGACUUUCCCUAGUAUGUCGUAGGUUGGAAACAACGUCUUAGAUUCCAAUAAAUUAAAAAAAAAUGUAGCCCUGGUGAAUAAAUAAAGUUGCAUCUUCCACCUGA